AUGAAAGCGCUAGAAAGUCUAGGCCACGAUCCAAAUGCGUGGGGACCUAUGAUGAUUCACAUAAUUUGCACGAAACUAAAUUCAGCUACACUGCGCGCAUGGGAAGUACAGGCGCCGAAAUCUGAAAUAUCAAACGUUUCCGAUUUAAUACAAUUUUUAAAUAAACGCUUUCAAGUAUUAGAAGCCGUAGAAGGAGCUCAAAACUUACACGGAAAAGCUGAACAAAAAACAAGAGCAGCAGACCAAAAAGAAAAAAAAUACCAGCGUAGAACUCAAGCGUCAAUGCAUGUUACUACUUCUAAAUUUAAAUGUUAUAUGUGUGAACAAAACCAUGCGAUAUAUCGAUGUCCAAAAUUUAUAGGUCUCGGCGUCCGCGAACGACAAGUACAGGUAGACAAAUUAGGCAUUUGUGCAGUAUGCCUAAGUCGACACUUGGGAGAUAAAUGUAAAUUUAAUGGCUGCAAAAAAUGUGGGGAGAAGCAUAAUACGUUGCUUCAUGAUCAAAAGGCACCAGAAAUAACCGCCGAAACGUCGAUAAGUACACAUGCUACGCGUAGCCCCAUAAAACAAUUUUUGUUAUCAACCGCGAUAAUUAAAAUUGAAGGUCGAUCGAAAGAAAUAUUUCACGCGCGCGCGUUGUUGUACUCAGGUUCUCAAUGUAAUUUUGUAACCAAUGAUUUAGCACAAAAAUUACAAUUGCCGCGCAAACGGGUGAAAUUUUCUAUUUCAGGUGUUGAUAAUUCAAUGAGUCAAGCUCAUUAUUCAGUAAAAACUACUAUUCAUAGUAAAGAUAUGGCCUAUAGCGGUGAAUUCGAAUUUCUAACUUUACCUAAAAUUACGACAAACUUACCUAUGCAAAGUUUUGACACGACAAAAUUAAGUUUACCUAAUUAUAUAAAUUUGGCCGAUCCAACGUACGCAAUUCCGGGUAAAAUAGACGUAUUAAUUGGUGCCGAAUGUUUUUAUGAUAUUAUACGUCCUGGAAAAUAUAAAGCUGCGGAAAAUGGUAUUAUAUAUCAAGAAAGCGAAUUAGGUUGGAUUGCCGCCGGCUCCACACACAAUUUAGCGCAAACCGCCGUAAAAUCAUUCGUCACGAUGACUAAGUUGAUGGAAGACAGCGCCAACCUGAAUGAGCAGAUAGCAAAAUUUUGGCAAAUUGAAGAUACCAGCAAAACACCACAGGAUUAG